UUCGGACGAAACUUUCGCUUGGGGGGGGGAUUACCAGUUUGCUCCCUACAAACACACCCCUUGGAUUACCUGCACAGGUUUUCCCAAAAACCUGUCCCAACUUGUUCGAGGACAGACAACAACCCAUAAACGAUUCGACUUACUAUAUCGGGAAAGAAGACAGCUUACCUGUUUGUUCAUGCAACACCUGCGAAAAAGUGAAAGCAAAUGUAAGAAGGCGGCUGAAUUUGCGAUCUCUCUGCUUUUCUGAAAUGGCUCGUUGGUGUUUCCUGGCCUGUUUCAUCUGUACCUCAUGCCUGGUUGCCGGACAGUCUACUACAAAGUAUGCACUAAAGGGUCAGGACGUCUCCUUUAAGACGGACAACGUCGAAAAACCUGAUGAAAUCCUGUGGAAACGCAAUGGCAACAAAGUUGUGGAGUUUGAUGGCAAAGAGCAAACUGUGUUCAAGGCAUAUGAGAACAGGAUCACUCUUGAUUGGCACUCUGCAGAACUCAAUAUCACUAAGCUUAGAUAUGAAGACAGCGGAGAGUAUGAACUAGAAGCAGAGCUGAACAAAGGGUUGCAUCGUUCACUUCAUAAUUUGCAGGUCAUAGUGGAGAUGGUCUUCAAGGCAGCAUUUCUUACUCUAAACAAGGCGAGUCGAGUUGAUUCUAAAGAGCUCGAUUUUGGUCUCAUCUGA